AUGUUCGAGGAUUUCCUUGAGGACGCGGACGAGUGGUACCAUCCGGACGCGCCCGAGCUGGCCUCCCCGCGCGCCGUGGACGCGCUGCGCGCGAGGUUCCGCCGGUCGUGCCCCGCCCUCGACGACGCCCGCUGUGGCCAUCUCCGCCCGGGCGACCAGCUCUGCCUCGCCUGCGAUAUGCACGGCGGCGAGAUCAAAUACUACGACGCCGUCCUCGAGGCCGUAGAGAAGGCACCUCACCGCACCGUGGACCGCGAGGAGCGGUGCGCGUGCCGUUUCACGGUGAGAUGGACGGAGGGGCCGCGCCGCGGUUGCUGGGACAAGGUGGGCGUCGAGGUGGUAUGCUGCGUGCAGGAGUCACCGAUCCAAGAUCCGGUGCUGACCGAGUUCCUGGACGAUGUGGCAAAACGGUUCGGCGACGACCAAGGGAAGGCGACGGUGGCGUCUCAGCCAGCCCCGAGCGGCGAGGGGGAAAGUGCGCCGGUGUCCAGCCUCACAUACUCCUCGAGUAGCUUGUCUUAUUCUUUUUAA